ACAUCUGCGUGUGUUUUAGGUUCCCUUUCGCUUUUCCUCUAAGCAUACUGACACACAAGGAAACAAACGACGUAUGCCGUACGUCGUUUGCUAUUAAAGCAAAAACUUUCAGUAAGAUCAUACUGUCUGUAAACUUUAUACAGCUAAUCAUAAUUUGAAAACAAAAGAAUGAUGAGCACUUUAUCCCGUCUGUCUGUGGUCUUACUGCUUUAUAUCGUCACAGCAGUGUUGUCAGAAAAGGUUCCAACCCCCGAGAAUGUGAGAGUGAUAUCUUUGGACAUGGGAUUCGUUUUAGAAUGGGAUCCACCACAAAGCACCAAGAAUAAACUCUUCAACUACACUGCUGAAAUUAGUGGAUGGAAUAACAUAUAUGAGCCAGUGUGUCUAAGCAGCUCAUCACUAAGCUGUGAUUUCACUGACAACAUUUCUAUUUUUGGAACCUACCAACUUCGUGUUCAGGCUGAGCUUCAUGGAGAAACAUCUGAUUGGGUGGAAACUAAACAUUUAUCGGUGGAUCAAAUAACUAAAAUUAGCGCUCCUCGUGUACAACUGAGAAGCAGAAAAGGACAAACAGAAAUUGAUAUCACUGAUCCUCUUCUAAAAAAAAAGAACUUGAGGGAAGUCUUUGAUAAUAUUUCCUACCUCAUCCGUUUCUGGAAAAAUGGAGAGACUAAAAAGGAAGAACUAAUAAGAGAACAAAACAGAGUUAUGUUACCAAGACUGGAGCCACUUGUAAAGUACUGCUUUGAAGUAGAGAUUCUGUAUUCAAACAAUACAAGUCAGACCAGCAACGUCACAUGUUUAACCAACACCCAAAGCAAUGAAGUUGAACCGUGGCUUAUAGCAGUUGUGCUCCUGGUCAGUUUUCUGGUGGUGUUAGUUGCUGUUGUCCUGAUCUUUCUGGUUGUGUGGUUUGGCUAUAGAGGAUGCAGAAUAAUCUUCCCUGAUGCUGAACUGCCAGAGGACCUAAAAAGGUUUUUGUCACAACGUUCCAAGUCUUCGAUACUUUCAACCAUUCAGGAGAGCACGGUGAAGGAGUACUUUUGUGAGCUGAGGAUAUUGCACAAGGAGCCAAACAGUUGUCUGGACAGUCAGCAGAUAGAAGGACCAAUAAGGAUUCAGACACAUAAGAACGAGUGUUGCAUAGGAGCCAACAUAAAACAGAGCAGUGAGGAGAAAUCUGAAAAGAUUAUGACAACAGAACAGAGCCUUUGCUUGCUAAAAUGAGACUGUAGUAGUACUGUUCUUAUAAUCAAUGAUUAUUGAUCAUUUAUUUUUAGCUAUUCUGUGAAAAAGGCAAAAGAAAUAAAAUAUUAUAAAAUAAAAUGA